UGAUCGGGAAUAACAAGUAUCAUGGCUUAGCUCUAGAGGACCCAUUUGAUCACUUGGACAAGUUCGACAGCUACUGUGGGUUGUCAAAAACCAAUGGUGUGUCCGAAGAUGCCUUAAAGCUCAAGCUAUUCCCUUUCUCUUUGGGGGAUAAGGCACGUCAGUGGGAGAAGUCUCUACCCACCGACUCUAUCACCACUUGGCACUACAAGAAAACAUGCCUAUUGCAACAUAAAUUUGCAACAGAAAUAUUCCCUCGCAAAAUUGCAACGGAACUACGAGUGAAUAGCGACGAGAAACAAUACCCUCGCAAAACGCUUGCAAAUUUGCAACGAAAUAAGUUCCUCGCAAAUUUGCGACCAGUUUGCGAGGGAAAUAUGACAAACCGACGCAAAGCCGACGCAAAUUUGCGAUGAAAAGUCUUGUCGCAAAACCGUUGCAAAUUUGCGAGGAUUUUGCAUUCGAAGUGCAUUUCAAAUUAUUCUCCUUGCAAUUUCGUUGCAAAACAGAUAGGUUUUAUAAUACACGUUUUUUUUUCGUGUAACUAAUUUAUUAACCUCGCAAAUUCCGUCGCAAAACGGAUAAGUUGGUGAUACACGUUUUCUAUAUGUGUAACUAAUUUUUGCAAGGGAAAGAAUGCCCACGCUAAUCCCUUGCAAAGUUGUUAGAAUUCCCUCGCUAAUCCCUUGCAAAUUUGUUAAGCAUUGCAAAACCGUUGCAAUAUCUGUUGCAAUUCACUCGCAAAUCCCUUGCAAAAACCUUGCAAUUAUCUUUUAAAUGUCUAUAUAUAGCAGCUGUGAUCAGUUAGUAAAACAUAGAAGAAAAAAAACGAAAAAAAAGUUGUGCAAAGAAGGAAUUUUUUUUUUUAAAAAAAAAGAGUUGAGAGAAAAAUAUAUUAAGAAAGAAAAAAGAAAAAAAAAAUUGAGAGAAAAAUGGCGUCCAGAAAUGAUAUAUAUGCGUUACGGGCAUGGAUGUACAAUCAUAGAGAUCCGGAUACCGGUGAAGUGACGAGAGAAUAUCGGGCGGGGCUACGGGGUUUCUUACAACAGGCAACUAACCAACCAUUUGCAAGGGAAAAUGGUAAAAUAUUCUGUCCCUGUGUAAAAUGCAAGAACGAACCAUAUUUAGAAAUUGAUAUUGUGAAGAAGCAUCUAUAUAAUAGAGGAUUUAGACCACAGUACUACUUAUGGUUUUUGCAUGGGGAAGGUGCAUCAAGUAGUAGUACGGGUCAGGGAUUUGAACUACCAAGUUAUAAUGCUAAUUAUUAUGAUCCUCGUGAGUCAAAUAUGUUUGGAAAUAAUGCGGGUGAUGGGUAUGAGCAAAAUAUGUUUGAAAAUAAUGCGGGGGAUAGGUAUGAGCAACUUGGAAAUAGAUAUCACAAUAUGGUUACAGAUGCAUUGCAUGAAGCUGCUAUUCCUGAUAGUAGUAGGGAAGAACCUAACAUAGACGCACAAAGGUUUUAUAAUAUGUUAGAUGCUGCCAAUGAACCUAUCUACGAAGGAUGUAGAGAAGGGCUUUCUAGAUUAUCACUAGCAUCUAGGAUGAUGACAAUUAAAAGUGAUCAUUCUCUAAAUGAGAAGUGCAUGGAUUCGUGGGCUCAACUCAUUAAUGAGUAUUUACCGGAAGGUAAUCUUGCUGCCGAUAAUUUUUAUGAAAUUCAGAAGCUAGUUGCGGGUCUUGGUCUACCAUCUGAAACAAUUGAUGUGUGCGUUGACAACUGCAUGAUUUUCUGGAAAGAUGAUGAAAAUCUGGAGGGAUGCCGAUUUUGUAAAAAGCCAAGAUAUCAAGAAACCACAGGAAGGAAUCGUGUGCCUUACAAACGUAUGUGGUACUUACCGAUCACAGAUAGAUUGAAGCGUUUAUAUCACUCAGAAAGGACAGCCGCGUGGAUGAGAUGGCAUGCCCAACAUUCGGUGAAAGAUGGCGAGAUUACACAUCCCUCAGAUGCUAAGGCAUGGAAACACUUUCAAACCGUAUAUCCCGACUUUGCGAGUGAGUGUAGAAACGUUUAUCUUGGUCUAUGCACGGAUGGAUUUAGUCCAUUUGGUAUGUCUGGAAGGCAAUACUCUUUAUGGCCUGUCAUCUUGACGCCAUACAAUCUCCCUCCGGAUAUGUGCAUGCAAAGAGAAUUUUUGUUCUUGAGUAUUCUAGUGCCUGGUCCAAAACAUCCAAAGCGAGCACUUGAUGUAUUUUUGCAACCUUUGAUCCAUGAGCUGAAGCUGUUGUGGCAUUUUGGCGAGGAGACAUGGGAUUAUUCGCAGCAGCAGAACUUCAAUAUGCGUGCAGUGCUUAUGUGGACCAUAAGUGACUUCCCCGCAUAUGGAAUGUUAUCGGGUUGGACCACACAUGGAAGAUUAUCAUGUCCAUAUUGUAUGGAGAAGACAGAUGCUUUUCAGCUGAAAAAUGGGAGGAAGUCAUGUUGGUUUGAUUGUCACCGUAGGUUUCUUCCGCCGCAUCAUACAUAUCGUAAGAACAAGAAAUUGUUUAGGAAAAACAAGGUGGUCCAUGCUCCUCCCCCAAUAAUGCAAUCAGGAGCAUCUUUGUUAGAGGAAAUUGACUAUUAUGGUGCUAACGAGACAUGUAAAGUUGGGGGAAAUUGGCACAUUCCAGCUAACAUGCCAGACGGGUAUACGACAUCUCAUAAUUGGCAUAAGAAGAGCAUAUUUUGGCAACUUCCAUAUUGGAAAGAUCAUCUCUUAAGGCACAAUCUUGAUGUGAUGCACAUAGAGAAGAAUGUUUUUGAGAGUAUCAUGAACACUCUUUUGAAUGUGAAGGGAAAGAGUAAAGAUAAUUUGAAAUCGAGGUUAGAUUUGCCGGAUUUAUGUGCAAGACCAGAGCUGCAUGUGACAAGAGAAGGAAAAUUACCAGUUCCAGAUUUUAGAUUGUCUGGGUUGGCAAAGCAAAAGUUGUUCGAAUGGGUAAAUUCAGAUGUGAAAUUCCCAGAUGGUUAUGUGUCAAAAUUCUCAAGAUGCAUCGAGAAUGGACAAAAAUUUUCUGGUAUGAAGAGUCACGAUUGUCACGUUUUCAUGCAACGACUCCUACCAUUCGCAAUGACGGAGCUAUUACUAAAACACGUCCAUGAAGCAAUAGCGGGAAUUGGAGCAUUUUUCAGGGAUCUAUGCACCCGAACAUUAACAAAGGAUGGGAUCGAUUUGUUAGCCAAGAAUAUUCCUGUUUUGCUUUGCAAUCUGGAGAAAGUCUUCCCCCCAUCUCUAUUUGACGUUAUGGUACAUCUCAUGAUUCAUCUACCUCUUGAAGCGGCUCUUGGGGGUCCUGUACAAUUCCGAUGGAUGUAUGUAUUUGAAAGAUUCAUGGGAUUUCUCCAAAAGUUUGCCAAAAAUCUUGCCAGAGUCGAGGGUUCGAUAGUUGCAGGAAGUCUUACGGUGGAAACUUCACACUUCACAUCCUCCUACUUUAGCCCAACCGUUAUAACGAAGAAGACCGCUCCUAGACGAUACGACGAUGGAGGAGUUGCACCUUCAUAUCUUGUUAAAGACAUUCCUGACAUAUUUUGUCAGAUUGGAAGACUUGGUGGCAAAAUGAAAGAAGUUUGGUGGGAAGAUCAUGCACAUGCUCGUGCGGCUCAUGUUUAUAUUAUGCGAAACAUUGACUACUUGCAUGAGUUUGAAAGUAUAUUCAACUUACAAAUUCGAGAACACUAUCCUGAUUUAGAAGAAAAGGAUUAUGAGCAGUUGAACGAACGAGAUUAUCCUGGGUGGUUACAAUACUAUGUGAAAAAUGGAUGUCAUGACAAACCAAUUCCACGAUGGUUGUAUGAAUUUGUUGACGAACCGGUUGCUAAGAUCACUACUGCUCCAAUGUACUUUACUCGUGGAUACACUUUUCAUACUUUCACACACGGCUCGAAGAGAUCAACGGCAAAUUUUGGAAUCCAAGUCCAAGGUGAAACUGACUUCUACGGUGUAUUGCAACAGAUCAUAGAAAUCACUUAUCCGGGAACCAUCAACUUAAAAUGCGUAUUAUUUAAGUGUGAUUGUUAUGAUCCAGCGAAUAGCCGAGGAGUCCGAACAAAUAACCUUGGGGUGAUCGAUGUCAAUGCAAAUAGAAGCUAUGCAAAAUUCGAACCCUAUUGCCUUGCAUCACAAGCAGAUCAAGUGUGUUUUCUUCGAUAUCCUAGGAUUAGAGAAAGACGUGAAAUGUGGUUAUCAGUGAUUAAAGUGAAUCCGCGUGGACGUAUAUUUGUCGGAGAAAUUGAAGAUGUCGCAAUGCAGGGCGAAAGAGUUGUUGAAAUGUCCGUCCCAACUGAAUCAACAGAGAAUAUCAUACACAUUGAUCCAAACAACCAAGAAGUAGAAGUCAUUGUUGAUGAUUCCACAGAAGGGUCUGUUUCGGAAGAAGAUGAGUUUGAUGCUGAAACUGAGGAAGAUGACACCACAAACGAUGAGGCUGAAACUAGUGAUAGUGAAAAUGUAUCUGGAAAUGAGUCUGAUUAAAUAAAAUGUCGCAUGUAUGCUGUAAUUUCUUAUAUAUUUUUUUUCUUUAGAAUAUGA